GCUGUAUAAAAUAACAAAUAGAUAUGAAAAAAAAUAUUAAAUAGAUAUUUUAAGUUAAGUUUAUUGUAGUGAUCAACGUUCUACGCCUUCGCCCAACCCAAAAUUAAAAUGCGGAUUACUAUUAUGUGAAACACUUAAAAGUGCAAUAAUUAAAAAAAAAACAGUCUUUUUUAAUACUGACCGCGAAGGUUGGUGGAAAAUAGUUUUAAUUUCAUUACGACUGAUAUAAUAAGUUAAAAUAAGAAAUGGAAGACGGUGAUAGCAAUUUUGGCUUUCCAGAAGCUGGAACAUGGAACUCCACAAAGCAUAUACCGCUCGAAAAUAUGAAAAUUGACGCGCCUAUGAUAUGGCUUUUGUGCUCCUUACUGACAUCAAUUACGUGGGUUACAUACAUCACUUUCUAUAAUUCUCGUCUUAUCGGUAUGAUAAUUACAAAAAUCGCAAAUCGAUGGUUUAUCAAAGGAGCAUAUUUUAAAAUCGGAUCAGUAGCUUUAAAUCCUUUAGCUGGAAAAAUAAUGUUUCGCGAUUUUGCGUAUAUCACUUUUGAUUAUUCCGCACGUAUACAAGAUGGUUAUUUCAUAUUUCGUUGGUGGCGAUCUUAUGUUCCAAAAGAUGUCUCCGAAGAUCUUUCUCAUUCUGAUACCCGGUUGUCUGUUCAAUUGAAUGGGUUUGAGCUUCAUAUAUAUAAUCGUUCCGAUUUAUAUGAUCAAUUAGAAAGGACAUUUGGACUUAAACCAUCUUUACUAAUACCGACUGAUAGCCUUUCUUCAGAGGAACGAAAUAAGUUGAGAGAGCACACAAUGAAUUUGGAGAACACACGUAAAAGUAAACGUGAUAGUGUUAAACAUUCCGAAGCAAUGAAAGCGACAACUUGGCGUGAUCUCAUACCGGUGAUAAAAAUUGAUAUUUGCUCUGGACGAUUUGUUUUUGGAAAUCGAUUAACUCCAACUACUCUUUCCAUUUCUAUGGAAGAAAUGCGUUGCACAUAUAGUACAAAACCGGCAGUAUGCCGCCUUGAUCAUUUUAUGCACUUUAUCAAAGCGAAUGUAGAGAAUGCAAAAGUAAUGUUUGCGCCAAGUCCAAAGUAUACAGGACUUGUUGAUGAACCACCUCGUUACAUGGGCGAAGGAUUUGUUGUGAUGAUGUCCAAUCAGAUGGAAUUGUAUUAUUAUAUGGAUGAACCUGGCGUGGUACCUGAUGAGCCCGUGCAUAUUAUUUUAGCUAAUGGUGACAUAGUUGAACCAUCACCACCAGUAUUGGGUUUAAAUAUAAAAUGUCUAAAAGGCACUGAUUUUAGUUAUGGCCCUUGGGCAGAUAGGCAAAGAGAUCAUUUAUUUAAAUUUUUUUAUCCACCGGAUUGGAUGGAAAUGAAAGUAACUCCAACCCCAAAACCUGGUGAAUUAAGAAGUUAUCAGUCUUUUGAUGUUACAUUAUGUGUUUUAAAUGAAGCUACCAUUGAUAUUCUCUUUUCUAAGGAUAAGGAAACGAACGCUAUGCAUAUCACAGUUGGUCCAGCGUCUUAUGUUGAAGUAACUAUACCAUGGGUAACACUAGUCGAUGGCUACACAUCAAAAAUACAAGGUCAAUUAUUUCAUGUUGAAGCAACAACUUCACUUCAAUAUCGGAGUUUAGCUGAAUUUGAAUCACUUGAGUACAAAGUACGUGUUUACUAUCCAACAAAAUGGAAUGCUCCACAGGACUGGAGCAUAGCUUUAACUGGUUGUAAAGCAACUGCUUUUAUUGUCUACAAGCAUAAGUGUUUCUUUCAGGAUCUCAUUGAGGAUUGGGCAAGCAAGGCUCGUCCAGAUAUUUUAUCUUUUGUUCCUUAUACUUGUAAAUUCAAUAUUCUUUUAAAUGAAUUCGAAAUUUUAACCUUGUGUAACGAAUAUAACUGGAUUGAUUGCUCAAGUGCCAACCAAGAAAACAAUCACUUAGCAUUUUGCGGUGAUGUUUUUGAUAUGAGUUUUUGUCUACCAUUUGAUGACUUUUUGCCAAAGACUGUGACACUUAAAUUUUGGAUACAUGGAGAAGGAUUGGAUCUUAGCUUAUUUAUACCUGAAGUCUCAUCAACACAACCGAUAGUAUUAGCGAUUGAUGAAAAUGCAAAACUACUAACGCGUGGCGGAAAAAUAAAAAGUCGUCCAGAAUUGUACACAAAAAAAUGGCGAAAAAUAUGUCAGAGAAGUUCUGGUUGGAUUGAUUGCUGGACAGUUCCAAUUGUAGCACUUUCUAUUCAGUACAUAUAUCAUCCUGUGCCUCCUUUGGGACCAGAUCCUCAAGCCGACAUAACUACGCCAGAAAAAGAAGAAAUUCUAUUGAGUCCUAUGCGCAUACCUAAAACUCGUAAAUCACCUGUUAACAACUGGAAAAAGCCAGAGCAUUAUAAAUUUGACCCAGGAACCCUAGCAGCUGAUCAAGUAACAGUGGAGCUUGAAAUUGGCUCAUCGGUGUUAAUGUGUUAUGGCAAUGUGUUGCGCAAUUUUAUUAAUUUAAAAGAAAAUAUUUUUGGUGAAGAUCAAAACUUCACAGAUAUGGAACAGUCGAAUGUUAAAGUUAAAAAUACAACCAGCACAAUUAAUCCCAAAGAUCAAUUACUUUCAAAGGAGAAAGACAUAGCUACAAAGUCAAUUUCAGAAGUUACUGUUAUUGAAGAAAAACAAAAAUCGUUUGAUCCGCGUCUUUAUCGACCUUUGGAGGUUCUAGUUUCACUUAUAGUUCACGACGUACAGGCACAUCUUAUGAAAAAUUGUAAUGAAACUGAUCCGCCUUGUCCAGUUGUGCUUAUAGAACGUUUUGGUUUUGAAAUGAAUAAACGUUAUCAUGAGACUAUACUCCAGGUUUUAGUCAGUCCAGCGUACCUUAUAACGUCCGAUACACUUAUUCGUCCAAAUCGGGAUAAACAUAUCAAUCAAGGGCACUUAUUACUUUCAGCAGUACAGGUACGUGGGCAUGCAAUGUUUAGCAAUGAGGGCUGUGAUUUAGAUGAAGAUACAUUAGAAUAUUCAUGGUUAGUAGAAGUACAGCUGGGAAAAUUAUCCGGCAAAUUAACUCUGCCGCAACUUUGCAAUGUCGUAGUUAGUCUCGAAACUCUACUACUAUUAACAGUAGAUCCAGAAAAUUGUUUAAAAUCUCCGAAAACAAUACGAAACUGUCACCAUGGUGUACCCACUAAUCAGUGCCCAUACACAAAGGAGGAAAACAAAUACAAAUGCCCUUCAUCAGAGGAUAUAAAAUACAAAAUGACAAGAUUAUCAAUGGACGCAAUUGAUAUCUAUUUGGUUGAAAGUGGAACAGCAUUGCACACAUGGAUAUCUCCAAUAAGAUUUUCAAAUUGCAAUCUACACGGCCAGAAAGUGAAAUCUGGUAUUUCAGGACUGCUACCAAGCAUACUUUUAAGACUUUUCAUUCUUAAUAACGGUUGUUAUUCAAACAUGACAAAUUCUUUUAAUACAAAUACAACUGGAAGUAAUCGUUCUGGAAAGAUAAGACGCUCUGAACAAGAUUCAGUGAAGUCAGAAAUUCAUCAUCAACAACCUAUGACUAAAGUCAAGCGCAGUUCUAAUUCUUUUUCUCAACGACGUGACUCAAGAGAAGAGGGUUCACGAAAAUUACGCGAGAGUUUUUCCGAAGUUAAACGAGAUAAUGAAUUUUUCGAAAAUUGGCUCGAAGUUGGUUGCACGUCAUUUGGACCAAUAUUACUUGAAGGUGCAUCAGCACUGCCAAUUCCAAAUCACAAACUUCAUAUUGUGCAGCACAACUUUUUACGCGAACAUGACGCUAAAUAUAAACGACUAUGGUUUCUUUGGACGAACAAUGGGACAAUGUCUACAUGUAAUGAAAUUUCACGUUGUGGCUGUAUUGGAGGAUGCGCCUUUUUCGGAAGUAAUCGUAAUGGAAUUAAGUUCUUUAAGCCUUCUGUUCAGGAUAUGCAGGAUAAUUACAACAUUGCAAGAUAUCAUGUUUUGAAUAAUAAUAAAGACUACGGAUUUGGUGAAAGUAUUCUCCAUCAAGGGCAACUUGUAUUUCAUACUCCGCCAUAUAGCUUACAACUACUAUUGCAUGACAGUAGCGAUUUUAACGGCAAAAGUAAACAUUAUUGCUUUUCUGCUGACAUACGUAAUGGCAGUCUUAAAAAAUCGGAACAAAGUAGUAAAGAUUUUGCUAACAAAUUUAAAUGUAGUACUUCAAUUGACAAACAGGAGAUAAACGGCCGUAAGUCUCAUGAAAGCAUUGGGUCACCAAAUACGCUGGAAAGACGUAGAGAGAGUAAACGCUUUUCUUACACAACAUCAAGACAAACUUCUGUUGAGGUGCCUUAUGCUCGCUUACUUGAUAGUCCAUCUAAAAAAGUUUUACUGCAAGAUUCCAAUGAAUCACAAGAAGUUUCAUAUAGACGUAGUUCAGAUUCUAAUAAAUCAUAUAAUAAUACACUGCACAUAUCUCCACCAAAGACAAGUAUUUCAGAUUCUAGGUUAACCGGUGAAGAUGACGUUGAAAAGGAUAUUAAAAUUCGUGAUGAUAUGUCACAUUCAGCACCGCACUCACAUCCAUUAGAAUUUGAAAACAAGGACACACAUCUUCAGUCACAAUAUUUAAGUGAUAUUUCAAAUUGUGAUAAUUUAACUCGUGAAGUUCAGCGAACUAUUUCAUUAACAUCAGAAAAUCCAUCUGAAUUAUUUUUCUCAGCUGAAGAGGACAUAUCAAAUAUUAUAUCCCAAAGAGGUUCAAUAAAGUAUCGCAAUGCAUCAGGUGUCUUUUCAGGCAAAAAACGCUUUUCAUCUGAUUUAAGUAUUGGUAUACAAAAUGAGAACUCUGCAUUAACGCUGCCAACAUAUCGUAGUGACUUAGAAAUUCAUGCACCUGAAAAUAACAAAACUGUUCCAAAGAGACCACAAAGCUCCACAGAGUUGAACGAAGACGUGAGACGUAUUAAUGGUCUUGCUACACCAAUCAGAAAACUAACGAACAUUUCAUCAAGACCUGAGUAUCGACAUUUCGUUAUCGAUAUUGGAUCACGAGGAUCAUCUUCAGGUACUCCAUCAUUAUCUUCGAACUCAUUUAUUUCAGCGAUGUCAUCGCAAGAAGAUGUUGCAUUAGUUAAUCUACAUCAACAAGUUAAUCGGCCAAUUAUCGACUCACCACUUCUUAUGGCCAGUUAUUUAAAUCAUUUGUCGCAAGUGAAGUGUUUUAAUUGGACAUCAUGCUCUUUUCCCUUUGGACCGGAUGUCUUUUCAACGCCACUCUUUUAUGAAAACGAAGAUGGUGGUCUUACUUAUAUAGGCAGCAAAAUGGUACCGCACUUUGAUACGUACGCCUUCUGGCGGGAAAUAAAAGUUGUUCCGCGGUAUGAAAAUAAUACAGGUAGCAAUAGCUCUGCGACAUUCUUUAGUGGGCCGAAAUCUCAUCCAUGGGAUCCUAGUAUACUACUGAAAGAGGAGGAAAAUGAGAAAACUUCAAAUGGUUUCGACGAUGGAGAAUUCAUAAGCUUACAGUCUGAAGGUGCUGCAUGUACGUCGGUUGUUGCUCGUUGUAAAGGACAAGCUAAUGUCUUCCUAACACCACUACUUUUGGAGGGCUUACAAAGAAUGGUUGAGUCAGUUAUUCCAACAAUUUCUUCAAUGCACUUACUUUCGGUUGUCAACUACAUACACUCAUCCUGCGUCGCUAAAGUCAAGAAUGAUAAUAUUUUAAAACGUGAUCAAAGCUUAAGUUAUUGGUCUCAGGUACAUUCCAAUUCAAAACGAUCGACAACUGAACGUAACCUACAAGGACCUGGAGAUUCUUUCUUAAGCGAUGUGUAUGAAGAAAGCAUAUCAACAAAAACACAAGGAUUGAUUGUAUUACCGAAAGUGAGCAUAACUAUGCUGCAGUCAUCUAUUAUUGAAGAAGUGAUUUCUAUUGCCGCAUUGGAUAAUAUGCAGGAUCUUAGUUGUGUGUCGCUGCUAACGUUUUAUAUAGAAGGUGUUUCAACAAAAUUCCAUUUGGGUAAAACAACGCGUGCUUCCAUGCAUAAUGUUUAUAUACAACAAACCGUACAAUCUGGCAAUAGUCAUAAGAAAGGUGGUAUAAUGAAAGGCACUAGGGCAUUGCUAGCACAUUUGUCAUCUCAAAGUCGACCCGAUAAUAUACAAGGUGAACCAAUUUUAAUAGAAACAUCUGAGAAACAAUUGGAAGAGUUGGUAAUUACAUUUGAUGUGGGUCGUGCCCAUGCUCAAUUAAGAAGACUGAAAACGGAAAGUAAUGGCAGUCAAGAAUCACCAAUUAUAGUUACUGCUAUACCGGAACACAAAAGUAAGGUACUCUUUGAGUGCUUAAAAAUGCCGGAAAGUACUGGCAUUGAUAGUAUUGGUUAUAUUAUAUUUGAGUGCGGCUUAGAAGGUGUGGGUGUGAAAAUUGUGAAACGUUCACAUUUUGAAAAAUCUGAAAAUACAAAAGAAGAAUUGGCUGAGAUAACAGAAAGCGCUGCUAGUGGUGUAACUCGUCCCAUAAAUUUAAAUGAUUUAGUUGGUUCAAAUGCAUCUAAUAUUGGAGAUGUAUCUGCCACUUCUAAAGCAGAAGCUGCAUGGAGAUUAAUAACUAAAAAACCACCAACACCAAAAACACCUAAAGAAAAAUUUCAAAACGCUCUGGAAAAUAUUAUAAUACCAGAUAAAGGAUAUGCCGGUAACGAGAAUCGAAAACAAAAUCCAAAACAAAUGGACGAUGAAUUUGAGAAAAAUAAGAAUAGUAAAAAACCAGAAGGUUUUCAUAAAGUUUUAGAUAAUAUCAAGGAGACUGAUAAAACGUCUUCCUGCGUGAUAGAGUUAAAGUCUGUAUGGUUUAAUUUUGCUGCUCCACCAUGUGUUCCAAUAACACGUAAAAUUGAUUUAACCAGGUUGGAUUGGAAUUUAUUAAGUACUGCAUCUCCUGCCAUAACUGCUUGGAUGAAUCCGAGUAAUUGUUUGGCUAUUAAAAUUGUUGCAUUGCUAAGAGCUUUACAUACAAGACAUACAGCUAUAGCAGCUUGUCUGAUGGCGGAUGCAUUGGAAAAUGAGAAAAUACAAAGAAAUCCCAAGAUCAAAAAGAGUCGCUACUCCAAUAAUUAUACUCUACUCUCUAAGACAUUACAAGAAGAUCCUAGUUGUCAAUUGUGCUAUAUUAUGCAAAAAUUAGUUUUAGAUGAAGGCGUCCAAAAAAUUGAAACUAUUUUUAAGAAAUCCGAUAUUCCCCAUCUUAACACUUUGAGACAGGGAAUCAUUGUCUUAAGUCGGCAAUGGAAAAAUACUCUAUAUAAUCCAAUUUUGUUUGAGCAUCAAUAUAAGAAAAAACUGGCACGACCUAUAAAUGUGACAUUUUCUUUUCCACAAAAUGAAGAAGAAUGUGAAGACCAAGAAUUUGAAGCAGAAGCUGAAAUUGGUACUUAUACAGGCAUUGGAGAAAAUCCAGAAGAGAGUGAGAAUGCUUUAUUACUUGGGCAAACACAUCAUCAUCGAACUCAUAUUGAUUCUUCACAGUUUGAAAUAAAUUUUAAUAAUGAAGCAAAUCAACAUCUUACCUCACAAAGAUCUGCACCCACAUCUCCAAAUAUUGCAACUUCGCGUAGAGUAAAACCACCCAUCAAAGGAUCUACUUUAUCACAUGGCAGCUCAUCGCGUUCCAGCAUUCAAAUGUUGCCAAUUAUUUCAGGUUUGGUAGAAAAGCAAAUUCCUGAAAUAGAGUACGGAGCGUUGCAAGAGGGUUCAUUAAGUUCUACUAAUUCAGUGAAUAAGUUUUGGUUUGAUUCGGAAAAUGCCAAGGAAGAUUUAUACUUUUGGAUGGCAAAACAACAGGAAAAUAAAAUAAAAGAAAAUAUAAAAGAGAAAGAAAUUACACGACCGGUGCCUCCAAAAUUAACCACGCAAAGUAGCACACGUAGUGGAAUAUUGCAGGACUCCAUUAAAUUACUGGAUGCACAUUUGAUAUUUGAACCAUUGCUGACAUGCUUGGGUGUAAUGCCACAGCAAAUGGUGAACAAAUUUACAAAUUCUGAUAUAUCAUCGCUUGAAAAUUUUGGCACAAACCUGUCGCUUAUUGGUACUUUCGAUUCGAUACGUGUGGACAUAGUUGUUAGCGAAGCUGGAGAUAAGAAAACUAAUAAGCCGACUAAAAUAAAUAAGAAAUCUAAUAUGCGGCCUUCAAUAAUGAUAGAUACUCCACUGUUUCUUUGUGAACGUGUUGGCAUAGAAUUAGAAGUAAUAAAAAUGUCUGAUGGUAUGGUAGACCAAGCGCGCCAGAACGUUAUAUAUGUAUCAAGAAGGCAAUUGAAGAAGCACACUAGUACUGUUAUUAAUUUCAGCUUAAAUAUUCGCUUCAUAUCGCAGCAGGUCAACAUGCCACUUUUGCGUUUGCUGCAUCAAAUAACCAGUAUGUACCAAAAUGUUAAGGACGCCCAAAAUGAGUUUCAUGAACGUCCUGAUAUUGUAAAAAAAUCGCACACAAAAGAUGAGUGCAGUCUAGCCUCAGAACCAAAUGAGGUGUUUGGCUCAGUUUCGGAUCAAUUUAAUCAGAAUGAAAAUGUAUCAGAUGAAAGAUAUGACAAGUUUCAUGAAAUGGUUUCAGUUAGCAAUCCAACUGGAAGUAAAAUCCGUACGAGUGGUAUUGGACCGUUAAUUCAACUUACACCAUCACCAAGCGCUAAAAACCGUCCACAAAGUUUUGCUCAAAAGUUACGCUCAACUGGGAAAUCCGUAAAGGGAAAAUUAGGUUACACCAAUUUGAAUGAAUCGAACUCUUCACCGCUGCGAGAUAGUCCAACAACAUCAGCAAGUGAUCAACAUUUAUUCAAAUUAUCGCUUGAAUCAAAGGUUUCAUUAAAUGGUGCUGGUAUACCUGUUGCACCAGGAGAACAUAAUGUUACCAAUAAAACCGAUAGCGGACUAAUACCACCUCUAUUGGAAACUUCUAAUUGCUGGAAAACCAUAUACCAUUUGUUAGAAUUAUAUGGAACCAUGCCUGAAACAAAAACCAUUCAACGUAGUUUUGUGAUACAUGACAACCAAGAUACCAGCAAAAAUUCUAGAAAAUCUGCUGGUUUUUCAUAUAGUAGACAAGAGACUCGCAAUGAAGACGAUGAUAUAGCUAGUGCUCGCAUCUCGUUGCCACAAAACCGAGAUAUGCUAGCGGAACCCGUUUCUUUUGAAAAAACACGUUUUGUAAUUUUCGGAGUUGCAAAAAUUCAUAAAACCCGGCUAUUAGCUACAUUAAGUGGUUUAAAAUUAGAAGCUGAAAUCACAACACUAAAUAGCAGUACCACUUGGCGUAAAAAAACGCGUCCAGUAUCCUUAGAAUGUUCGCUAACUGGACAAGUUGGGAGAGCUAUGAUUGUACUUCUAGAAGGGGUAGCACCAAAUCAACAAACUGUAGUGAAAGUAACUGUUGGCAAAAGUCAAACACUUUACUCCAGCUUAACUAAACGAGGAAAAGAUAAAAAUAGUGGUCUUUUAUCAAUUGGUCCUGUAAAUAUUGAAAUACCUCAACAUCCUGUCGCGCUACAUAGCAUGAUGACGCGUAGUUCUAAACAGUUGUCCUCUACUUUACAAGAACUACGAGUUGGCCGCAAUUCCGGACGUAAUACUACACGAGCACAUAAUGCUGAUGAACCUGAUUCUCCGUUUCAUACGCGUACGUCUGGGGUUAAUAGUGAUUUGAAAGAAAAAAGUCAACAAUCAAAUAAGAAGUUCUCCACACAAUUGAAACCCAUGGCACAACAAAACGGGUUACUUCAACCACUAGUGAUGCAAUUUAAUAUAUUGCUACAAAGUUUGUCAGUGAAUGCAGCGUUGCUGCCAUCGUUACAGGCGCAAUAUCGUAUGAAUCAUGUCAGUUCCACCGGUGUGACGGGCAACCGUGCUAAAUUUGUAAUAGACUUGCCGACACAUACGCUUAGUUUUACAACAAAAAUUGCAGUCAGAAAUGAAAUGAAUUUACCGUCAGAAGCUUGCAUUGCACUUCCACCAGUACAUGUUAGUGCAGAAUAUAUACCGGAACAUAGACAUACUCAAGAGGAUAUGGAAAAGGUGGAUGGAGUUGUUCUACGACAAGGAGGAUAUGUCAAUGCCUCGGCUGAAAUUGGAGAGUUUGAAAGAUGUUUAACAACAGAUCUCCUUAAUCACUUAGUUUUUGUACAAAAAGUGUUUAUGCGAGAGGUGAACGAAGUUCUACAAAAGGUUUAUGGAGGUGAAAAACCAGUACCGUUAUGGGCUGAGGACAGCGAUGUAGGAAGUGUACAGGAGUCUUCGCUUAAACGAAUACUUUUUUCUAUCAACAUAUCGAUGAAACGAAUUCAGUUAACUGCCACUACUCCUUGUUCGUCGGCGGUUCGUUUUGAAACAGGCACUUUGGAAUUGCAUCUCUCAAAUCGGGUUAAAAAUUUGGGUUUAGGAGAAAGUAAUGAUCGAAAAAUGUUUGGAAAAGCUCAUAUCGAUUUCAACCUCUCUCUGGGUCAAAUUAUUCGGCAUGUUAUUUUUGACGAAGCUGAGCCGGAGUAUCAGCAAUAUGCCUUUUUCCACACUACUAUCGGCUUGCGUAAUGCAUUCCAAGAUGAACUACUUAAUGAAGAUAAAGAAUUGAUAUUACUUAAAUUAAAGCGUCCUUUGGUAUACAUUCAACCGAUAGCUGUGGACAAAGCCAUAUUAGUUUGGUUGAACUACAAAAAUGCAUACGAGUAUUGGGCUGAAAAGCGUGCAAAUUUAAAUUACGAAAGUACUCAGCAAACACAGCAGGUUUUCGAUCGUGUGGCUUUUAGUCAGUUUAGCAAUAUUGCUGCUCCUAAUCUUUCCACCUUAUUCUUGCAAUUGACUGUAGAAGACAUGGGAAUUUGUUUGCCAUUAAACCAAGUUGCAAAUUCAUGGACUAAUCGUUCUUAUCAAGAUUUUGAGCCAAAGGGGGCUGUUGUUAUAACGCUGGAGAACACAAUAAUUUCUGCUUGUAAUUCUGGAUCUCUUGUAUCAAAGGGUAAAUUUCAGGGAUUAUGUUUACGAUUUGCUGAUGAUUUUGAAACCAAUUUGGAUGAUUGGAAACCAAACUCAAAUGAUCCAAUGAAUGUGUGUAUUGUAUCAGAAGGUACAUACGAAGUUUGUUCGCGUACCACAGCUGCUAAAAAAAUGGAUAAUGCUAAAUGGCUACUUAAUGUAAAAUGGCAAAUGGAAGGUGUGGAUAUACAUUUAGAUGUAAAUAUUGGUAAACAAUUAUCUUCUUUGGGACACACUCUUACAAUGUUGACGGGCUUUGAAGAUGAAGAGACAAAUAUUGAAUCACCGGAUAGUGAUGAUGGAGAUCAAAUGCACGAUCCUUUUUCACGUCGGCGGGAGUUUGAGAACUUGCCUUCCUUUAUGUUUGACCCUACCAUAGAUCCAAAGAAACGUUCGUUUCUAAUGGAGAAGGAAAUUGCAGAACAACUGAAAAUAAUCAAUGAUUUGCGUACCUUAGGUGCAUCACAUAACACAAUUGCUCACGAAGAGCGUCGUUUGCAAGAAUUGCAAGCAAUUUGUUAUAAAUAUUUCCGAAGAGAUAUGAUACAGAAGCUUAAACGCCCAACAAUAAGAAGAUCAAUGAAAAACUCUAGCCGUUCAUAUUCAUUUAUAGGUACCUCCUCAAGCCGCGAACCAAUGGAUGAUAAUGGAGAAAAUUACACAUUCCGUCGCUUGGAUCCCAUUGCUUCCAAUGACGAGAUAUCUAGUCUUCAAAGCACACCAGUAUCAGGGCAUUCUCGCAGCGCUUCCUUAAGAACGUGUCCGGCUAAUAGAGUAACAUUUUCUGAAACAAUGAGGCAAACAUCUUUGCCGAAUGCAGACACUGAUACAGAAAUUCAAGAUAAUGACACUGAUUGGAGAACUCACGGAGAAACUGUUACAAAUGAAAUGGAUAUUGACGGCACCUCCGUUGAAAUGCGAAGAAAAUAUGGACAUCAAAAGCAACAGGAGCCAAAUGUUGAUUUUGAAUUGGAUAUUAAAGUGCUAGUAAAUUCGGGAAAAUGUGUGCUACACACGAAAGAAAAUAGUGAAGAACGAUAUUUAAUUUCUGGUCCAACAACAGUGAAAACACACAAACGUGAACGAAGUAUAGGAAACGAAUGGGGUAGUCCAACACCUUCACGUCGUCAACGUGAUAAGAGUAAAUUAAGAUAUAAUACUUCCAAUAGCGGUGUGCUAUCUGACCUUACUAUUUUCCACAUCCCUGGCCUUGAUGUGAAGUUACACUACCAAUCAAGAACUGUUUAUGAAACAUCAGAAACAGUUCGUGUUACAAGUAGUGAAAGUCAUUACUCAGCAACAUCUGUCAUAGGUCGUCGUAUUGGAAGUAAACGUGCAUCACUUUUUGCUUGGAUGACAUUGCAAAGCAUACCCGAAGAAACUAUAAUUUCACCGCAUAUAUUAGAAUUUUUAGAGCAAACCUUAGAGCCGAUUCCAACAAAAACUGAAAAUAAUGGCGGUCCGCAAACUCCAUCAAACAAUCCUGUAAACUUAGAUAUAUUGCCAACAAACUACGUAACGUAUGCGUCAUUUCCAGUGGAUGUGAUAGUAUACUUUCACAUGCAACCAUCGACAUUCAGAUUUUCCUGCUUGCCUGUUUCUCGUGUUGAAUGUAUGUUACAGCUUCCCAGUUUAGAUAUAGUAUUUAGUUCAAAGCGUUCUUUAGAAGAAGAACAAAAUCAACAAGAGCAUAUGCAACUCACUGAUAGGGGAACUGAUAAGGACAAAACACCGUCUGGCGGCUUAAGUGUGACUGGAUGUCUAGCAGAUUUCAAUGUUUACAUUUUUCAUCCUUAUGGAGGAAAAAAGACUAACGUUAAGGAAGCACAAUUUUCUCCGCUCACUGAUAAUGAACGAAAAGACUCAUUGAGUACAAAUGUUGAGUUCGUUAAAUUUCAUAUAACUCGAUGUCGCAAGGUUUACGUUGAACCUUCAAUAACCAGUAAACGUUCUGUAGAUCAAUCGCGAGCAGUAAUACGUUUCUCAACUAUAGUUGACAUUGGAAGUGCUUCUUUUAAGUAUGAUAUGAGGCGAUUAACGGAAAUUUUAGCUUUUCCAAAAGCAUGGUACCGCCGACGUAUUGUACGACGUUUGUUUUUGGGUGAUCUUAGUGUACAUCAAUCGGCAGGAGUAGAUCCAGAAGUAUUAUAUCCGCCAAAAGAUGUUAAUAAAACAUUCAAAACUCCAGUUAAUGAAAAUACAAGAAGAGCUCAUACAGAUACAUUUUUCCCCAAAAACUCUAUGUGUUCAAGUUUUGAAACAUCACAUCCAUUACCAUUAGAUACAACGCGCAAAUUUAAAUCUUUAGAUAAGUCAUCAAGUGCAGAAUCAUCAGGCACACCGCCAUCCGAAAAAAAUCAAAUAACUGCUUGGGAAACACUUGUACUCUUUGCGGUUAACUUUACAAAACUAAGUGUUCAAAUGAAUAUGGGUAAUGUGAUGGGAAAUGUUGUUUGGUUAACAAAAGAUUUCCAAUCGGAUGGUCGCUUAUCAAUCGGCAGCACAGGAUACAAAAAUAUGUAUAUUGGUAUUUAUUUGGGAAGCUCAUCAUUAGAUGCAAAGGGUGGUAUUGUUGGCGGUAGCUUUGAAGUCAACAAAAUAAAUACUCGUUUUCACAUAAAAGAGCAAACCGGAGUCGAGCCAUAUCAUACAAUGGGUUUAAGUUUCAUGGCUUUAGAAUUGCGACUCGAUUACAUGGGUACAUCAGUGUUAAUGACACGUAUAAGUUCUUUCUCUGCCGCCUUAAAAGACGAGUGGAAAACGACAAUAAAUACUGCUUUUUCGAAUUUUGAUGCUGGAAGUCUUGGUAUUAACACUUCUACAGAGUCUAAGGCAAUAAUAUUUAUACACGGAGACCUCUCUUUGGAUCAACUGCAAAUUAUGAUAUCUAAAUCUACCACUGCCGAUUUGUUAAAAAUGUAUUACAAGCUUGAAGAAUUUUUCACGCAACAGUUUAAGUCUUCCAAACGUGUUUUCUUCAGUUUAGAACCAAGGCUGCACGAUCGUAGUUCUAGUAUGAAAAGACGAAAUAAAAAGAAAGCAAAUGGGGAAUAUUUACCAAACGUACCAGCGGACGGCAGUAACACAGAUGCGCGACAUCAUCGACAUUGGCAGAAACCUUUGGAGCAAGUAGUUGGCCUGAUAGUGCCAACACUAGUUACUCGGUUGCCGCGAUAUGGUACUGUUUUAGGUGGUAGUGUGGUAUUGCAUGGAAAUAAUAUUUCGUUAGCAUGUUUCCAUGGGAUUAAUUUCAAGUCAAAGUCUUGGGCGUUAUUUAGUUUAAAAUCACCUUCAAUCAAUUUCGCAACAGAAGCACGUCAUUGUCAAGAAACAGGACAGGUUUUCGUUACACAAACGUUAACAUCAAGUUUGGGCCCAUCUGGUGAAUUACAACUGCAAAAUCAUUCAAUGGCAAUUGUGAGCAGAAUAUCUCGUACUAUAAUUUUUCCACCACAAUUUAAGACUUUAAGCGAAUGGUUUCAAUAUGCCUUUGCAAAUAGUGAAAUUGAUGCUGUAGAUCGUUUUCCUAUCUUAGAACGUGAUCGUGAGAUCGCUUCAAAUUCCAUUGAACGUACGCGUACUGGAAGUGCCAGUGGAAGUAGCUCCAAUAAAUCACAAGAACAUAAUCACAAUCGUGAAGUAAUUUUCGCUCUGCCAAGUUUACAAUUACAUUUUAAAACUGAGCAUAAACAGGGUCCAACAACGCCUGAUCUUAAUGAAUCGAAACCAGAAGUUAUAUGUAGUUUUAUUACUGAAUUUGAUGAUCAUAUCUUUGUCACAGUUGACGCAGAUGCAUUUUUCUUUUUACACGAUUUAAUUACUUCAUAUGUUAAAGAAAAAGAGAAAGUCAUUGGUGGUCAAUCUGGUAGAGCUGCGUCACCAAAUCUGUCUCAGAAUGUGAAAAAUCAAAAACCUCAUUCGACUGAAGACUUAAUGAAAGAGAAGAAAUCAAAUAUUUUACCAGUAAAUGGAUCAGUUUCAAACACUGCGGUUACCACAUCAACAACAACAUCAACAUCAACGUCAAUGUCUACUGUUACAUCUUCAAAUGUUUUAAAUCACACACUUUCCAGCAACUCAAAUUUAGACCUGACAUUUGUUCAUAAUAGUUCGAAUAGUAAAAUAUCAUCAAAUUUAAAUAACAUAAAUAAAAAUACCAAAGAUCUUGUGAUAUUAACAUCCAAUCCAACAAUAGCCAAUCCGGCAUUUGCAUCGACCGUCGAUGGUAACGUGCUACAAGGAUCGUCAACUGCACCUACGGCAAAUGCAACAGCUUCGGCAUUGAUGGACUUAGAGUUGUUUGUGCGCGACUGGCGUCACUUUGAAUGUCAGACAUGGCACUUAGAACCAACAGUACGUUUACUUUCGUGGGCCGGAAAAUCUAUUGAGCCCUACGGCAUUGAUUACAUUCUAAAUAAGUUGGGCUUCAGUCAUGCACGAACAACAAUACCGAAAUGGUUGCAGCGCGGAUUUAUGGAUCCUUUAGAUAAAAUUCAAGCACUUAUGAUGCUUCAGCUUUUAGCUAUGAUACGAGAGAAUAAAGUCGAAAGCGCUUCAAAAUCAAAAUCCAAUUAUUAGUUUUAAAACCAGUAAAAAAUAAAAAAUAAUAAAAUUCAAUUAUAGCAAAUGCUGUUGACUGUUGGUAUUGCAAAAAGUUAUUUGUUCGUUUGUAUUUUUUUUUUUUGCGCGAGGUACUAAGGUGUUAACAAUGAUUAUUAUUAUUAAUAGAAAUAGUUAUAUUUUUAAUUUAGUUUUUGUAAUAUAUUUUUUGCAUACAUAUAAUGUAAGUGUAUAUUAAAUUUUGGUAUUUAAUUUUGACGAAGAAAAUUUAUGGGGCAAUAAUUAUGUUUGUAAUUUAGAUUUAAAUUGUUUAAAAUUAAUAUGAGUGUAAAAAUAGUGAAUGUUUGCGAAUUUGCAAAUUUGCGAAUCAAUAACAUUUAAAUUUAUAUAUAGUUUAUAUUAAGUUUAGGGCUUCAAACAGAAUAGCUAGACAAAGUGUCUGAAGCAAUUACUCACUCAAAUCUAUCAAAAUUUGCAAUAAUAAUUAAGGUUGGUGCGUCGGCAAUUGUGAUCACUGAUAAAACAAAUUUCUUUAUAUAAAUAAAAAUAUUUUGAAUAAUUUUAAA